ACCCCGUCGAAGCGCUGUCGCAAACUCCGCCGGCAGCCACUCACCGCCACGGCACCACCUACGUUUCAGCUGCUAAUAUUAUUAAGGGUAUCCUGGUGGAAGGCUAACUGUUGGUGCAGUCGUGCAUAUUGUAUGUGUUAUCUGUGUCAAAAUGUUCAUGAGAGGGGACGUAAGCAUUGUAUGUCAUCUCGAUGUCAUAAGCUGUCAAUAGGCAUUUCUUUCCACCAAAUUGAAAGACGCAUUCUAUUCAACUGGAGAGAGAAUAAACCAGUGGACGUCCUGAAGAAAACCAGUUCUCAGUUUUACUUACAUCACGAAAAUAUCGUAGGAUGUGUGAUAAAUGAUAAUUUUAUGGUGGAAGGCCUUCAGAAAACCUUGAAAUAUUUUGCGAGCCAAGGCCAUUUGAUCAAAGCCUUUAGGAUUUUUCGAAUUAUUCAACAUCAUGCCUUGGCAUCUGCUUCUUGUGAUUUUGUUGAGGACUCACUGUCCUGUCUAUUGUUUUCUUGUACUGAACGCAAGUUGCUUAUAGAAGGGAAGCAACUUCAUGCCCAGGUCAUUACUUGGGGUCUCCAACAUAAUCAUGUGUUGGUCCCAAAACUUGUUUCACACUAUGCGGCUUUCAAUUCCCUUGACGAUGCUCAUUUUGUAGCUGCGAAUACAUGUAGUCAGAAUCCUUUACGAUGGAAUGUCCUUAUCUCAUCGUAUGUAAAAAGAGGGCAUUUUGAGGAGGCUAUUCUCGCAUAUAAACAAAUGUGUCAGAAGCAAAUAAAACCUGAUAGUUUCACUUAUCCAUCUAUUCUCAAGGCUUGUGCCGAGCUAUCAAAUCUUGAUUUUGGAAAAGAGGUUCAUAUGUCUAUUGAUGCUAGCUCUUUAAACACGGACUUGUUUGUGCAGAAUGCACUGAUCUCUAUGUAUGGGAAGUGUGGUGAUCUGGAAACUGCUCGGAGUAUAUUCAACGGAAUGCUAAUUAAGGAUGAAAUUUCAUGGAACUCAAUGAUCUCAGAAUAUGCCACUAAGGAUAUGUGGAAUGAGGCUUUUAUGCUUUUUGAGAGCAUGCAAGAAGCUGGCAUUCAAUCAAAUGUUAUAACAUGGAACACCAUUGCUGGAGGUUGCUUGAGGACUGGCAACUUCAAGGGGGCACUUGAAUUAGUUGGUCGGAUGAGAGUCUCUCUUUGUCAUCUAGAUCCCGUAGCACUGAUUAUUGCCUUAGGUGCUUCCUCUCAUAUUUGUUCUUUGAAACUGGGGAAAGAAAUCCACGGACUGGCAGUUAGAAAUUCUUCUAUUGACUAUGUUAACUUAAAAAAUGCAUUGAUUACCUUGUAUUCUCGGUGUGGUGACCUUACGCAUGCUUAUACUGUAUUUAGAUCAAUAGAAGCUAAAAGCAUAAUAUCUUGGAACUCCAUCAUAUCUGCAUUCGCACAGUGGGAUCGGUCUGAAGAGGCCACAUUUCUGUUCAGAGAAUUACUUCAUAUGGACUUCAAACCUAAUUAUGUGACACUUGCUGGCAUUUUACCUCUUUGUGCACGUGUGGCUAACCUAAAACACGGGAAAGAGCUCCACUGCUAUAUUGCAAAGCGUACAGAAUUUUGGGGGUGCUUGCUACUUUGGAAUUCUCUUAUUGAUACUUAUGCAAGAUCAGGGAAAGUUUCAGUUGCUAGAAGACUGUUUGAUUUGCUGGAUGAGAGAGAUGCAGUUACCUACACUUCAAUGAUAAGUGGAUAUGGCGUACAAGGAGAUGGUAAAGUUUCUCUCAAUCUAUUUGAAGAAAUGAUAAGAUCCCAAAUAAAACCAGAUGCUGUAGCAAUGGUUUCUGUAUUGUCAGCCUGUAGCCAUUCUGGUCUUGUAAAUCAUGGUCAGUCACUUUUUGAGAAGAUGCAAACUGUAUAUGGUAUCUCUCCUAAAUUGGAGCAUUUUUCUUGUAUGGUUGAUCUUUAUGGGAGGGCUGGAUUACUAAAUAAAGCUACAGAAAUUCUAUUAAGUAUGCCUUGUAAGCCAACCCCGGAACUGUGGGCUGCACUUAUUGGAGCAUGUCUGGUCCAUGGGAAUAAAGAUAUUGGGGAGUGGGCAGCUGGGAAGUUGCUUGAGUUGAAGCCUCAGCAUUCAGGGCACUAUGUUUUGAUUGCCAACAUGUAUGCUGCUGCUGGUUGUUGGAGCAAACUAGUCGAAGUAAGGUCUUUUAUGAGGGACUUGGGGGUGAGAAAGGAUCCUGGAUGUGCUUGGGUUGAUAUUGGGGCUGGAGUUUCUCCUUUCUUAGUUGACGACACUUCUAAUAGCCAAUCAGCUGAAAUUUUCCUUUUGUUAAGGGGACUGACUAAGCAAAUGAAAGAUGUUGAUUAUGCAGCUUGCACAGAUUCUGCAGCAGACAAAGAAAUUAUACAUGGAAAUGAUUACUCUUGAAUUGGUAUAGAUUUGAUUAAACUGCUUCUUAAUGUACCAUUGAAUUGAUCAAAAUGGCCUGUUUACUGUUUUCAUCAAGAGAGCAUUGUCACCAAGAGGAGGUACUGUUUUCAUUUUUAAAGUUUACUGGCUUAAUUUAUUCCAUGAUUAGGCAUGUCGUCCUACCCUAGUUGGUCUGUGCAGAUGCAAUAAGUAAAACUAGGUUGCUUUAUGUUUGUGGAUGAGGGUUACUUGUUUCAGCCACUCUUCUUAUUGUCUACACUUCUUUAUAAUAUGAUGAGUAGGCAGUACAUGUUGAAUAUAUGCAAUAAGCUUAAAUAUCUUUUGCCAUCUAUGUCAAAGCAAAAAAAGAGAGAUGAUAAACACUAGAGAUAUCUUCUGCAAUAUCAAUGCCGCAUCCUGUUCCCAUGCUUGUCUGUCAGUGACAGUAUGGCGUUUAAUCUCGUGACUCUGAUUGGUGUGGCUGCUAUGAUAUACUAUAUCCAUGUCUUAUUGGCCGGGCAUUGUGAACAUGGAGAAAGAUGGUAGCGGCGAAAUAUUGCCGAUGUGGCAGAGUAUGCGUCCUUAGAAGCUUCACCGGACCCUCAAGAGGUUCGAGAUUGUGAAAGAUAUCCUGCGCUGCGUGUGUCCUGGAUUGAAGAGUGAGCGAACACCUGAAAACUCAGAAGUUUUUGAUUUGUAAGAGCAAUAUCCCUUUUUAGUUUGAUUCUUAGUUUGAUGGUUGACAGUGUUGAUCUAUAUGUAACUAUUCAAUGGGAAAGAUAUAAAUAAAUUAACAGUUGCAUUA